CCCCUGUAGGUGGCGGUAGUGUGUGACACAGCUCCCUUACUGUCAACAGACACAUUAGAGACGAAGAAGAAACUAGCUCCUCCAGGGUAGCUAAUGUUGAUAGGUGUAAACGUGAAGCCCAUCUGAUGUUACAGCCCAAGUUUUGUAAUAAAUUAUCUUACGCAGGCCCUGAUAGGAAUGUAUCGGCACAUGGCAAGGAGUGUGUGCAGUGGAGGAAGAGUGUGUCCUGUCUUUGUGCCUCCUUCCACCUCGUUGUCAUCAUGGACACUGAGGAACACAACAGAGGAGAGACACUACAGUCUAGCUGAGCAAGGCUGGCAGUGUCCAGUCCGCUGUAUGAGCUCUUCGGCCCGUAAGAGAAGAUCUCUGCCCAGUGCCUUCCCAGUGCUGAAACAACCUCUUCAACCCAUCCAACAACAUGUGUAUGAAGCUAACCUCCGAAACAGCAACGCCUGCCAUAAGAAGUUCAUGGAGUUGAGUGAAAAGGUAAGGAAAGGUGGAGGGGAGAACGCUAUAGCCAGACACACUCAGAGGAACAAGAAGUUGCUGGUCAGGGAUCGACUGAGCCUCCUUCUGGACGACGAGGACUUCCUUGAGCUGUCUCCGUUCGCUGGUCUGGGUCUUCCGUACGGGGACAUCCCUUCAGCCGGCUGCCUGACUGGCAUUGGUAGGAUCAACGGUCUGUGGUGUGUGUUUAUUGCCAACGAUGCCACAGUGAAAGGCGGCACAGCGUAUCCAAUCACAGUGAAGAAGCAGCUGCGUGCACAAGAAGUAGCCACUCAGAAUCGCCUGCCUUGUGUUUACCUCGUCGACUCUGGAGGAGCUUUUCUACCGCUACAGUCGGAGAUCUUUCCUGAUAAGAACCAGGGUGGAAGGACUUUCUAUAAUGAAGCCAUCAUGUCAGCCAUGAAGAUCCCACAGGUGUCGGUGGUGUGCGGUUCGUGCACAGCGGGUGGAGCUUACAUCCCCACUAUGGCAGAAGAGGCAGUGAUGGUGCACCGGAUAGGGACCAUAUUCCUGGGCGGGCCGCCGCUCGUUAAGGCCGCCACAGGGGAGGAAGUCACACCAGAAAACCUGGGAGGAGCCAGGCUUCAUGCAGAAGUGAGCGGCUGUGUGGACCAUUUUGCGUGGGAAGAAAAGGAGGCGUAUGAUUACACCAGAAACAUCAUUUCUACCCUCAACUUCCAGCUGCCAGAGGAAGAGGAGGAGGAUGAGGAGGUGAUGAAGAAGAGAAGAGCAGAGGAGGAGCCUCUGUAUGGUUCAGAGGAGCUUCUGGGGCUUGCUCCCAAAAGUUAUAACUACAGUCUGGAUGCAAAAAUGGUAGUCAGUCGGCUGACGGAUGGGAGCCGCUUCCAGGAGUUUAAAGCUCGAUAUGGGACCACACUUGUCACCGGCUUUGGAAAGUUACAUGGCCACCUGGUUGGAAUCGUAGCCAACAACGGAGAGAUGUCAAACGAGGCCGCUCUGAAAGGAAGCCAUUUCGUCCAGCUUUGUGAUCAGAGAGACGUCCCGCUCCUCUUCCUCCAGAACACAGCACCUUCAGCAGCUCUUACUCUCUCCACAGCACAGGCAGAAACCAACACGAACCGUCUGAAGGCUCAGGGUUCGAUGAUGUCAGCAGUGGCGUGUGCCUCCGUUCCUAAAAUCACUGUGGUGAUUGGUGGGUGUCAUGGUGCUGACAGCUAUGCCAUGUGUGGGCGGUCCUUCGACCCUAAUUUCCUGUUCUUGUGGCCAAACGCUAGAGUGUCAAUGGUGGCUCCCGGUCACUCCGGCUCUCUGCUCCCCCCUGACUCUGAGCAGCCAGACGAGGAGCAGAGGAAACAGGAGGACAAGUUAAACAAGAGAUUAGAAGAGGAGAGCUCAGCGUUCUUCUCCUCUGGCAGACUCUGGGACGAUGGAGUCAUUCUGCCUCAGGACACCAGGAAGGUUCUCAGUGACUGUCUGGACAUCAUCAAACAGCAGCAGUAUCAGCUCUCCACAGAGAAACUACAGUCAGCCCUCCUGCGUAUUUAGACCCUCCUCACUACCUCUAGACUAUCAGUCUGAUAAUGACAAAUCAAACUGCUGGUUGCUUGAGCUCGUGACUCUGCCAGUAUGUGCCAGGAGGAUUCACGCUCAACUCUGACCUGUAGUGUCGGAUGUUUGAAGGUAAUAUUAGUUACACUUUGAAUACCAAGGUGUUGGUUUGCACACUACACAGAAAUAUGUACAGGUGAAACAGCCAUGAUUGUAUCCUCAGUCUUUACUCGCGUAUUUGGUAUUGGAAAACCAGGAUACUUAUGAAUGUGAAUAAAACGUCCAGUUUGUUACACAUAAUAGGGAGUCAGAUGAUUAAAACAGUGGAGACUUAAUAAAGAUAGAUUUGAAUAUUUGGGACCCCUGUUGGAUUCCAUUACACGGUUAAAUCCUGUAUAUGAGCAGUCUGUCGAUGUCUGGGUGCUAACUAAAUACAGCCACUCAAAGGUCUGUUUAAGCCUUAACUCAGAUAAAAAGAGAUCUUUGUGACUAAAUCUCAAGUAGCCUUAACCUAAGCACUGUUUUUACCUGUGACCAUGUGUUCCACAGUCAAAAUGCUAAAUUGAAGGAAAUCAUGAUCUGUGAUUUUAAAUGUAAUUUAACUGCUGUUGUGUAUUUUUACUUAUUUGUAUAAAAGACUGUUAAAAAUACUGUAAAUACAUUUCAAAAUUACCGUACCAUGUUUGUUGCUGUAAUCACGUUAUAGGGAUGAUUUGCCAAAUGUUGAGGUGCAAUUUAAUUCUGAAUUAAAACCUUUUUAAAGAGGUGGGUUUUGUUGCUUUGUUGUUGUUUUUUCGUAAUGUAUUAAAUUAAAAUCAGACAAUA